AUGCCACCUCAAAUCUCUUUCUCUAUACCUCUGCUAAUAUUACCUAGUUAUAAUGAGUCUAUGCGUCUCAAAGAACGAGUUUUACAUUUCGACGUUGCUGAACUUAAAAAAGCUGCUGCAGCUACAGUCCACAAAGAUGCAGCUGAUGUUUCCAACUUCUCCAAAAUUGCGGAGGGCGGAUUCAACAGAGUCUUCGAAUUGACCAUCGAUGGCAUCCCAGUCUUGGCAAGACUUCCAUAUCCGGCGACAUAUCCAAAACACCUCACCAUUGCCAGUGAGGUGGCUACUAUCAAUUUAGUCAGAUCAUAUGGAGUACCAGCUCCUAAAAUCCUCGGAUACUCUACCACUAGCAACAAUGCAGUGGGUUCUGAAUAUAUUAUCAUGGAAAAGGUCCACGGUAGAGAUCUCGGGGAUAUUUGGUACGAGCUUUCCGAAAAAGAACGUCUAAAAGUUCUCUCACAGGCCGGGAAAUUAGAGUCCAUUCUGUUCUCUAUACCUCUGCCUGCAUAUGGGAGCGUGUACCACAAAAGCGACCUCGGAGUCGGAAGUGAAAGCGUCGAUUUCAAAGGUGGGGAUCUGGAUGCCACGCAGUUCAGUAUUGGACCAGAUGUUGCACAAAAAUGGUGGUACGACGGCCGGGAUGACUUGCCAUUUUCUCGUGGACCAUUCACAAAGAUCGACGAUGUUUUCACGGCUGGGGCGGCAAAGGAGAUAGCAUGGCUCAAAACUCACGAUCGGCCCCGCCUUCCCCACAUACUCGCACACAGAGAUCUUUACAAUUAUCAGAAGGUAUCUCCAGCAGACCACUUAGCAAGCCUUGAAAAAUAUCUUCAAAUUGCUCCAUAUAUGUUCCUCGCGAUGAUUUCCUUUCGCGGCCCACCCUUCGCCAUCCGAUCUCAACCCUCAUAA